GUCAUUCACAAAACUGGCGGGAUUAUGGAAACGCACCGAUGCUUUUCUCUAAAGAGCACCACCUUCUUGAGCAAAGAAUAUUACGAUAAUUAGACAGGUCUUAUGUAGGCUACAUUGUGAACAAUGCUGCUAUUGCAAUGGAUAUAAUCUUGUUGUGUACUAAGAGGUUGAUGUAUCCUAUAAUUGUAUAGGCGUCAUGUAUCCGACUGCACAGUCACGUGGAUACCAUAUGUCAAGACCAAUACCUUCACCUGAAUAAGCCUCUCCCACAGAUGCACUGCACUACGUUGACUGGCCAUUGUUGUGACAUUUCAUAUUGAUUGAAUGGCUCACUAUGAUGUGAUCAAUCUGAAAACCAAUCCUUCGGCGUCUACAAGUAGUUCCAACCUGACCAGCCAUGUGCGAAUGUUAUUCGGAUUGAAAAUGCGUGUUGGCGAUGUAAUUCUUCAGGAAUCUUCAGGUAUUCUGAAUAUCAGCACAGAAGGUGCUUUUCACUGUGAACAAUCAGUCAGCACAGCCAUGGCCUCCCUCGGUGGUCUGUUGCCAAGGGCAAUAGUCCUGGCUGAAGGAUAGAGAGAGAGAGAGAGAGAGAGAAAAGGCAGCCUUGCGGUGCAGAAGAAGAGAUGGUCAUCACUGACAGGAGCUCCAGCACUCCUGGGCCCAAGAAGAAGGAACCGAAGAAGAGGACAUCCCGCCCCCAUGGCCUGCCCUCCCCGGCGCUGUGCUGCGCAUGCGGCUUGUGCGUCAUGCUGGCAGGCAUCAACAUCACCCUGGUGGGGGCGUUCGCCUUCAGCACCAUGGUGCCCUCUGCCAACCCUCCCAUCAUCAUAGGGCCCAUCCUGCUUCUGGUGGCCUUCUCUUUCUUCGGGGCGUGCUGUGUCUGCAGCCGCCUGCCCCCUGCCCAGGGCUCCCGGAGGUCUAAGGUGGGCGGAAGGAACAUGGGGAUGAUGGGGCGUGGAGGUUUAGCCGGGGGAGCGACGUUUGAGAUUGAGACGAGUGAGCACACAUUGCAGGACACGACAGCAGUACAGCUCAGCCCCUCAGCCUCACCUGGGUCAUCCCGGGCAUCCAGCCCUGAGCGGGAUGCUUCUCCUGACCCUGCCCCCCAAGGGACCUUCAAGCUCUUCACCAUGGAGACGAAUGGCCCCACCUCCGCCACGGCCUGCUAUUCCGCCUCCUCGGCAGGGGGAGGGGCUGUGAGGCUCAACCUGCCACGUGAUGAUGUGGCCACCUAGCACACCCCUGAUUAACACAUUGUAGCAUGAGCCUCCUGCCCCAGGGGACUGAUGCAAAACUAUGUAAAUGUUGGCAGUGAUGGUCAUGGAAUUAUGGAUGAUGGUAAUUGGCCAGCCAAGUGAGUACGGUCUCCGUAAUAACCAUUCGAAAAGCAAAAAAAUUCAAUAAAUAAAC